AUGGCCGAGCGGCCGCAGCAGCUCGCCUUGGCCCGCGUGGCCGAGCUGGAGUUCCCCCGGGACGGUAGAGGACGUCGCCCGAGUGCCAGCAGCACCAGUAGCAGCGAGCUCGAGCGUCUACACGAGGAGUUGCAGCUCGAGAUCAAACCUCAACGUCUGCAACGCCAGUACACACUCAAUGUGCCGCCUUUCAGCGCUGGCGGAGACUCCAUCUCUCGUCCAGGACUCCUGGACGCCGCUCCGGACGUUCUGGAGGACGUAUUGACCCGCUGGGAGAAGAAUCAGAUCUUUGACGUGACGUUCGGAGACGGCUUUCUUGGUCUCGAGUUCGUGUUAGACGCAAGUAGGAACAAAGUGGUGAUCAAGAGCGUCCACACGGAAACCUGGACGACUGUGGUGCUAAAUAUCCCGCCAGGUGUCAGUAUGACCAAGGGUUUGAUCGUGGAGGCGGUGAAUGGACGAGACGUAAGCGCCGUGUCGUCCGAAGACGUGCUGGACAACUUGCAGUUCAGUCAACGACCCAUGACAGUGAAAUUCCGACGAGUCAACAAGUCGGCGGUUGUGUGUAAACUGUGUGAGACCAAAGUGGACGCCAACAGUCUGGACGAGCACACAAACUACUGUGUCUUGUCCAAGAGAGUCGAGUUGGAAGCAGACGUCAUUAAUGACUCAUUGGUGAAGCUCACGGCGUCCAUCAACGCCACGUUAACGGAGGAGGCUCAGAAGCCAAUGUUUAACCAAGAGGAGAUGCACAUCUACCAUGCAUUACGCGUGGUAGCGAUCCAGGCGUCGACGUGUGACGUGACUAGUGUCGACGCGUUCGCACUCUGUGCCCGACUAGUGAAAAUCGUCGACAGAAUACAACAACAGGAGGCCGAGACGACCGAAUUUGCCAGUGAACAGGGAGCCACGUACUGCUCCAAGCUGCGUGGCUUGAUCCAUGCUAAGAUGAGCAAAAUGCGAGCGUCGCAUAAGGUAAUGUUGAAGCAGGCACCCGUGGAGGCGGAGCGAUUGCCGCUGAAGCGCACCAAAUCGCUCGAGAAUAUCGAAAACAGCGACGGGCUCGGACUGCGCUCCUCACGACGAUCGAGCUUGAAGGCGGCAUCUUUUCGCGUUUCUAUCCGGGAUUUCCAUAUCGUCAAGCCGAUCUCGAAGGGCGCUUUCGGGAAGGUCUAUCUGGCUCGGAAGAAGACGACCGGCGACCAGUAUGCGAUCAAAGUGCUGGCCAGGGAGCAUUUACUACGCAAGAAACAGAUCCAGCAGAUUGAGACCGAGAGGAACAUUCUGGCCAGUGUGGUGAGUCCCUUCGUUGUGAAGCUGUUCUGGACGUUUCAAACAAAGCGCAAUCUGUUUUUGGUGAUGGAGUAUCUUCCUGGAGGCGAUUUCAUGUCGUUGCUCGAGUGUAUUGUGCAACUUGAAGAGCAGGUGGCGUGCGUGUACAUUGCGGAGAUUGCAAUCGCACUCAAUCACCUGCACACCAAGGGCUGCGUUCACAGAGAUCUGAAACCCGACAAUAUUUUGCUUUCUUCAACCGGCCACAUCAAGCUGACCGACUUUGGCUUAUCGGAGGAUGCUGUGGCCAUGAGCGACACUGAUUCGGAACCAGACGACGAGUCCAUGACCCACUCGGACGCAGCCAUUCCGGUAGAAGAAGCUUCAUCUGCGUCGCCAGAAAAUCGUCCGCGACGGAGCUCUUCAUUCAAGAAGAAAAAAUCUGCGUACCAUACGUACGGAAGGUGCGGUACGCCGGACUACCUCGCGCCCGAAAUCGUCCUGGGUGUCCCUCACGGCCCGCCAGUGGACUAUUGGGCACUUGGAAUCAUCCUGUACGAGAUGCUGGUUGGGUUUCCUCCGUUUAACGAUGACACUGUGGACGCCAUCUUCGAAAAUAUCCUCGAGCGGCAAAUCUUAUGGCCAGAUGGCGAGAAAUGCUUGUCAGCUGAAGCGGUGGACUUGAUAGAUAUGCUACUGGACCCGAACCCAUCGACUCGUAUGGGCUGGGAAGGGAUCAAGCUCCACCCGUUCUUCGAAGGCAUCAACUGGGAUACAAUUCUGGAAUCUGUGCCACCGUUUGUGCCGACGCUGGAAGGACCGAAUGAUACCAGUUAUUUCAACAAUCGCAACCUCACGGACAUCUUCAUUGAUGACGAAGAGUUUGACGUUGGGUCUCGCUCUGCAAGUAGUAGUCAGAACAUUGACUCGGGUCCUGAGAGCGACGAACAGCCGUCAAGUCUGUCGGACCCGAAGGGAGACGAGGACUUGGAGACUGGAGAUAACAACACAAGCAUGGUCUCUGCUACCACCGCUGACGUUGACAUGUCGUGGGGGACGGCAGCAGCUUUAGGCGCAUUAGAUACAUUGGAUGCAGACGACGUUGUGCAAGUGGAAGACAACAACAGCAUCUUCCGCUUUCCUAGUGGCAUGUACGGUAGUCCCGAUGAUUCCAAACUCGCAGAUGCCUUCAGAUCCUUCAGUUUUACUAACAUGAACGCCCUAGCUGCCGCCUCGCAAGCCGAAGCGGAGCUGAUCACCGAUACCGAGCAGCAAACUAUAGACGAGUCAGGGCCAUCAAUCCUGAUCUAGCAGAAAAUUUCAAGUUGCCAGAUUCUUCCGCCUUUUUCCUACAGCCUCUUUUGUCUUCUUGACCAAGUUCUCGUCAGCGUAAAGACUUAUCAGUAAUAAUUCCAAGAACCAUUUGAAA